AUGUUGACGGCGACUCUGCGUCCCUACUUAAACGCCGUGAGGGCCACCCUGCAGGCGGCCGUGUGUUUGGAGAACUUCUCCUCUCAGGUGGUGGAACGUCACAACAAGCCCGAGGUGGAAGUCAGGAGCAGUAAGGAACUUCUGCUUCAGCCUGUUGUGAUCAGCCGCAAUGACAAGGAGAAGGUUCUUAUCGAGGGAUCCAUCAACUCUGUCAGAGUUAGCAUUGCUGUCAAGCAAGCUGAUGAGAUCGAGAAGAUUCUUUGCCACAAGUUCAUGCGCUUUAUGAUGAUGAGGGCAGAGAACUUCUUUAUUCUAAGGAGAAAACCAGUAGAGGGGUAUGAUAUCAGCUUCUUGAUUACCAACUUCCAUACGGAGCAGAUGUACAAACACAAGCUGGUGGACUUUGUCAUCCAUUUCAUGGAGGAAAUCGACAAGGAGAUUAGCGAGAUGAAGCUGUCCGUUAAUGCCAGAGCCCGUAUUGUUGCUGAAGAGUUCCUCAAGAAUUUCUGA